UGUCUAUGAAUAAAACACUCUAGGUAAAAGUUUUGAUUGGAUAAAUCAAUAAUAACUAUGACUUCAAGGCAAACAUAAAUCGAAUCAACAUAUCCUUAUAAAAGUACUCAUCAAAAGAUGAAAUAGAUAUUUUAGUUUUCCCUGAAAUGGCUUUGAUCGGGUAUACUAUUAAAAGAAUAUAAUAGCUACUAUUAUCCUGAUAAAAAUGCUAUAAAGCCAUUUUUAGAAUAAUAUGGCAAAGGACCAACUUAUGAAUUUUGUAAAUAAAUUGCUUAAAGAUUAAAAUGCUAUGUGUCUUGUGGAUAUGCAGAAGUUGAUGGAGAUAAAUUAUAUAACUCAGCUGUAGUUGUUAAUAGAGAAGGGGAGGCUAUUCUAAAUGUUAGAAAGAAGCAUUUAUUUGAAACAGAUAAGACUUGGGCAGAUGAAGGCUAAGAAUUUAAGUGCUUAGAAUUAAAAACAACAAAAGGUUAAACGAUAAAGUUUGCAUUUGGCAUAUGUAUGGACAUUAAUCCAUGGGAAUUCAAAGACAACAGUAAGUUCGAAUUGGCAGAUUUCUGUCUGCAGAAUAAUGUGGAUGGUCUAAUAUUCAUGGCUGCUUGGAAUGUAAUUUAUGAUUCAAUGUAUAAAGGAUCAUGAACCAGAUAAUAAUGACAAUAAUGGCAUUCUAGAUUAUUGGCUUUGGAGACUCAAACCGAUUAGGGAUGGCAAAUCUAAUAAUUAUCAUAAAUAAUUUCUUUUCGUUUGUUCAGAUAAAGUAGGAAAGGAUGAGAAGACUCAAUAUAUGGGAUCUAGUUGUUUAAUCAAGUUGAACCCUGCUAAAUUAAUACAGGAUUUAGAUAAAAAGCAAGAAAGCUAUUUAAUAUGCAAUGUUUAAUUGUGA